UUCUCUCAGAGUCUCUCCUCCACUUUGCUGUGCUGCUCCCGCAUCUCGCAGAGGAGAAACGCCCUCUACUCUCCCGUCUGUUUCGUGAUUUAACCCCCCCACGCACGCACACACACAACCCAAAAGAAUCUGAGGAAAACAUCGGAACCUUUUAGACUGUCCAUUCGUCCAGCGGCCAUGUCAACAUCCGGAUCGAUGGACGACGACUUGAGUGCCAUUGUAACUCGCCUAUCCAAGGAAUUGGAGAUGAUGGGCUUGCCCGGUUUGGCCAGCAGCAGCAGCUAUCAGCAGCAGGUAGACUACGGCGGCGUUGGCGCCAUUGCCCAUCAGCCAGCAGAGGACGUGAUCAGCGAUCUGAUCAACUCUUCUUACGACCUUAUUGGCCUGCUUCGCGAUCUGCAACGUUCCAAACGCCAACGGGAAGAUCACGCCCAGCAGCUGAUUCACGACUUGCAACGCUCUCAGUGGCUGCUGGACAAAGAGAAGGAGCUGGGCGUUCAGCGUGAGCGUGAAGCCGCCGAAGCGUACGAGAAAGAGCGCCAAGCAAAUGUCCGUCUUCAAUUGAGCGAAACGCUAUUGAAAAAGAAGAGCGAAGAGCAUCGCCAGUUGGCUCACGAGUCCCAACUCAAAGAGAAUCAGUGGCUGCACGCACUUCGGCGUCGUGAUCAGGAGAACCAUCGAUUACAUCAGCAGUUGCUCAAAUUCUUGCACAGCAAAUCAACUGGUGGUGGCGGUGGCGGAACGGGAAUGGUUCAAGUCGAAAUGCGCGGAUCCCUCGGUGCUCCCGCACGUACCUCAUCGUCCGAUUCGACCAGGUUGCGCAAGCAAUGGGACAGAACGGCCGCUGCCGACGACGCCAAAAAACUGGUUGAAGCCAAGUGGAAAAUGGCCUUAAAUUCUUUAGAGAAAGACCACGGACUUUUGCGAGCCGAUUAUUUCCAAUUGGUCGAAAUGGUCGGUCGCUUUCUGACAAAUUGUUCCACCAAAUUGACUGGCCGUACUCGCUCAGCAGAUACUCGUCCAUUUGCCAAUGUCACGGAAUGGAUUCAACUUCCUGUCGUUUCGAUGAGAGAUCGACUGGAACAAGUUUUCCAGCUGGUGGAGGCCGGCCUUGUUUCAACGACCUUUCCAGUCCCUAAUCAACUCGAAAUCAUCACCGACCGACAACAACAUCCUACGAGUUUCGAUUCUUUAGAAAUUGAUUAUGUCAUGCCAAUAAUCGGCCAGCCAUUGUUGGAACCAGAAACUGUAACAACAGCCGCCGCCCAUCAGCAGCAGCUGCUACUGCCGGCAGCACUAUUAGAAAAUCAGAAAGUGGCGACUAAUAAUUGCAUUAGUCCUAUCAUUAAAGAUGAAGUUGUUGGUGCUCCUGGCGUCACGUCGUCACGCAACAGCAGCAGCAGCAGCGCCAUUUCGACAGCAGCAACAAAGUCGGCGUCUGCUGCGCAACAGCGACCGUUAAAAAUGGUGAAAUCCAUCGUCCAGCAGCAGCACUCAACAACGUCAACAACCGGACACCAGUUUAAUGGCGGACUGGCGACCGACCCGUAUUCUAGUAUCGCCUUUCGAAAUAAUAAUUCCGGCCGCACGACUAUUAAUAACGACGAAUCGUCGUCACAAGUUGCUGUUAAUCAAGUCGAUUGGAACGAGACGGACAGCCCGCCAGCAGCAAUGGCAGUUUACAGCCAGAAGAGUUAUUCACUUUUGAUGGGCCAGCAGCAAUCAACGAGCGGAACGUCUUCUCCUAUUAUCGGAUUAAAAGAAAACGAAGACGGAUUGCUGCUGGAUGAGAUGGCCAUCACUUUAGAUACACCUUGUCCCAGUGCCAGCAAUAGUCGCAGCGGAAGCUGUUCCAGCACUUCCAGCAUCAGCAGCUGCAAGUCCCAGCAGCAGGAUUCAUCCGGGAUCGAUCCUUGUGCCGGGAUCGAUGAGCAGUUCUUGAGGACGUGCAGCGACGCUGCCUCUCUAGUUAGCAGAGACAACAGCAGCAACCGAAUAAGUGGUCCGUCCGCUUUGAAAUCUGGCACAGCGUCAACAUCACUCAAUUUGAACCGGAGGACCAUUACGGCCAGAGUUCGUUUCGUCCAGCCACAACCAACAACGACGUCGGGCGACGCCCAUCAUCAUCCGGGAGACCCGGUUGACCUUCAAUGUUGUCUCAUCACGCCGCCGCCUCCUAACUCUUAACCGUCGAGACAUAAUGAGAAGUGCUCAUUAUCGUGCAUCAUCAGACCACCCGCGAAAAUGUUCAAUUCUAUUCGUGUGUGUAGUACUUGAUUGAAUUCACUUUUGAUUGAUUGGAUAUCGGCGAGCUUGCAAAUGUGUCGAGCGACUGCUUGGAUUAGUAGUACCUCCCAUGCAGCAGCGGGAAAUCAAAGCAAAUUUAUACUCGUUACAUCAUCAGGACAGCAUCACACAGUUGUAUAAUAAUAAUAAUACACACACGGCCCCACCAUCUCUUUGUGGUUUGCUGCGCGCCGUUAUAAUAUGCGCGAUCGUGUUUUAUUACAGCCCUCAAACGCCGGCGUCGUUGCGGAAUCCAUCCAUCAUUCAAUGAUUCCGAUCACGAGCGAAUAAAUCAUCAUUUUCUUUCAAGGA